GAAAACAGAUAAAGAAACUACCUCUUUUAUAUUUUAUAACCAGGACACUAUCGAGCAGUCAGUACGUUUACUUUGUUGACACCCGAUGGCGUUCUUUCGUUGUCAUUUUAUAGAAUCGUGUUGAUAUAUUAAUAAUAUUUUUUUUAAUAUUAUAAUAAAAAAUCGAUGCAAACGAGAGGAAUAAAUGGAUACUACUGAAUCCGUUUCAAUAAGUGCUAGGCCUGUGUCGUCCUUUUCGAAUGAAAAAAAUCAUACAGAAACGUUUACAGUUACAACUGAAGGUUCUCAGAUGUCCUCAACAGAGUACCAUUAUUACGACGAAGAGUACUAUGGAUAUUACCCGGACGAAUAUUACAGCUACUCGGACAUAUAUUAUACCACUGAUAGCUACCAUGUUGAGUUAUUCGAAUUUGAAGAAGUGACACUCGGAUAUGUUCAACCGAUCUUAGUUCUGUGCACCAUCCUUGCAAACAUUUUUGUAGUUACCUAUUUCCUGACAAGGGUCCGGCGAGGAAGGGCUUCAACUCUGCUGUUCGUGAGCAUAGCUAUAUCUGAUACGCUGACAGGAGUGGCAUUUUUACCUAACUCGUUCAGUGUAUAUUUGUCUGGCGAACACUACCUUUCAAAGUUUGAGUGUGAUACGUUUAUGAUUCUGAAAAUGUACUUCGCCCGAGUGUUCCACACAGUUUCAAUCUGGCAGACGGUUUGUCUUGGCGUUCAGAGGUACAUUUGUGUGUGUCAUCCCUUCAUAUCCGGACGGAUAUGUACCUUCUGGAAAACGUUCGUCGGCGUUGUGGUCAUGUACGCCCUAGCAUUUCUUAUGCAUAUAUACCAGCUGAUCGACGAAAAGGCGAAAAAUGAACAAUGUAAAUGGGAGACUGACAAACCAUGCAAGGAUGCUUGUCUGUACAUGUGGAUAUGUAUUACCUUCAUGCACUUCCUUCCUGGCAUUGUGCUGCUAACGUUGACGAUCAUUACAAUCCUUGCACUGAGGAAAGCUCAGAGGCGGGCCUCUACAUUUAUGUCACACACAAAAAACAAAACCAGGAAAUCGAAAGAGAAGAUAAUUACAUUAACGGCGCUCCUAAUUAUCGUCUGCUUCUUAAUACCAGAAAUACCACACGGUGCAUACAAACUGUACAUGAUGCUGUCGAUCUAUAACAAAAGUAUCCCAACACCAAUUGCGAAACUUAACCACAUUAUGAUGUCCGUGUAUGAAAUCCUUCUCGUAGUCAGCUUCCAUGCCAACUUCUGGAUCUAUUGCGUUAUGAUGCACGAGUUCCGACAGGCGCUUGUUGGAGUUAUCACUCUCCAUACAUUUAAGCGUGGCAUUGCAAGGCUACGCUCAUACUCCGCUUCGUCAAUACGCCAGAGCGACAGUUUUAGGUCCAUUGCUUCGAGGUCGAGUUCAAUUUCUAACCGGAACAGGGUACUCAGUAGGACGACCAGCGUUCAAUCAACAACGUCAGAUAAUAUUCACGCUGUGUAUCCGAAAUUGAUGCUUAACUCCUCACCGACAAAAAUUGCUCGACCGCCUGAUUUUUCAACACGACCGUAUAAGAUUAAUGAUAAUGAUGAACAUGAUGAUGACGUUUUUGUAUGACAAUAAACAUAGGACAUACUACUGGGACUAGACUAGUGUUCCUCUUGAGUCAGAGAUUCUUAAAAGGAAAAUUUUCAAAACGUCAUCUAUAUAAUUCCUUUUGGCAAAAAGUGCAGAUAAUAAUUACACAAGUCAUAUGUAAGAUAUACAGCAAUGUCUAUAGUCAAAGCUUAGCUAUCUUAGUUAAGAAGAGAAUUCAGAUUUUCAGUUUUGAGUCUUGACUCUAAGCGAGGGUUUAUAUGGGCACUGCCCAAUAUAAUCUACAUGUGUCUGAAUUUUUCAACUAUUCCUUAAUCUGAAAUCAACGAUGCUUUGUUUGGAUGUAGGUUCUUUGCAGCCUUAUGAUACAGACGAUUGUUCAUUUAUAAAAGUUGUUUUUCAAAGGUAUGAAAUCAACGAUGCUUUGUUUGGAUGUAGGUUCUUUGCAGCCUUAUGAUACAGACGAUUGUUCAUUUAUAAAAGUUGUUUUUCAAAGGUAUGAAAUCAACGAUGCUUUGUUUGGAUGUAGGUUCUUUGCAGCCUUAUGAUACAGACGAUUGUUCAUUUAUAAAAGUUGUUUUUCAAAGGUAUGAAAUUAACGAUGCUUUGUUUGGAUGUAGGUUCUUUGCAGCCUUAUGAUACAGACGAUUGUUCAUUUAUAAAAGUUGUUUAUUAUCUUUGAAAGUAUGAAAUGUAAAACCGUUUUUUAACAUUUGUAUGAAAGCAUUGUUUUGAAACUCAAUGUUCUUCUGCUUUUCCUAUCUUCUAUGAAUACAUGUUCUUGAAAAUAAAAAAAAUAAACAUUUUGUUUUAUUCGA